GUGUGCAUAUGUGUUAUAGCGCAAGCAUCGGUUGUCUGUAUUACGUAUUGUUGGUUUUGUGCGACGAGUUAAGUAAUCUGCAAACUGUUAGCAAGCUAGUCGAAUGAAUGAGGCCGCGGGUGCUGAUACGGCGUGUCUUUGUUAGAUAACACGUCGUGGAUAACUAGCUAGCUACGUUAGUCAUUUUAAAGUUCACAAGUUUUAAAAAUUGUUACGCUUAAGACUUAACUUUUUUUGGACCAUUGGGUGGGAUUAAAAACGACACAAUCCUCUCCUUGAUAACUAGCUAGCAUUAGCGUGCCACGUUAGCUAACUCUGCGCCUAUAGUUAACUAGCUAACGUUAGUGCUAGCGGGGUAACGUUACUUUACUUAGCUACUUUGGUUGCUAUGUAGCUGCCCAGCAAAGUACCUUUCUAACUCUUAGCAAGUGUUCAGCACAGUUGUUUUUAUCUAACGUUACAGAGCAAAUGUUGUUGCCAGUUGAGAUGAACGAUUACAAAAAGGUUGCAUGUAAGUGGGUCAUUGGUUAUGUAAUACUGCUGCAGUGUUUCUUUUUGUUGUGUGCCCAGACUCAGUGUAACCAAGAGGACAUUCAUGGCUGUUUGUUUAACGAGUGAGAGACGAGGGCCAGGAGAACAGUGCUAGUGGCCAGAGGUUUUCAGGCCAUCACUCACCCCCCACACAGAGCUGAUAAAAUGGAGUGUGCAAUGGACACUCGGCAAGGUGGGGACGAGGCAGCAGAGAGUGAACACACUCUAAAGGAAACGUCUGCAAAAGAAGGAAUUGAGAUGCUGCACAAGAAGAACAAGAAGCACAAAAAACACAAGGGCAAAAAGAAGAAGAAGAAACGUGGCAAGGGAGAGCGGGAGACCAGCUCAGAGUCGGUCCCAGAGUCCGACGUAGAGAAGCCACCAGUCAGAACCAGAGCAGGUUUGAGGAGUGCUGGCUUUGUGGCUUCUGAUGCAGCAGCAGGCACAAAAGAUGAGGCAACAAAGGGCUUGAUCACAGCAGAUAAACCUGAGGUAUGUGAUGUUAAAGCCAGAAAACACAAAAGACAUUUUGGGAAAAAGAAGAAAAAGAGGAGGAGAAAAGGGGAAGAGAAGCAGGAGAAGAACUCACCUUUACACUCCCCAUCAGAGAGCGAAUCUAUGUCAGGGUCAGAUUCUGAGUCUGAGGAGAAGCCAGCUGGCACGGAUGUGCAAGCAGUUCCCAUCCUGUCUAAGGCCAGACAAGAGGAAAGGGUGUCCUCCCUACGCCUAACUCUCGGCCAAAAAGAGGGAUCUCUGAAAAUGUGUCAAACCUUGGAUGAGCAGUCUGCGGAUGCACGAGGAAAGACAGAAGAGAAGGCGCCCCCUGCUGACGGGGAGGGACAGACCGUCUCCGUCAUAAAGGCAGAAGAUUCACGGAGCGACAGGUGCUUCAGUCACUCCCAGGAGCUUCCGGACAUCAUCCCCAAGCAAGGCGGCCAGAGAGAGGAGACAAACGCAGGGCAGAGGUCAAAGGUGAAUAACCAUGCUCCCUCACGGUCAAGGUCACAGUCACUGACGGACACUAAAAGAGCCAGAUCGAGUGUUAGUCAUUCGACAAGCUCCAAGCGGUCCAGAUCAAGCCGCAGUCGUUCACAAAGCCCCAAGCAAUUGUCUGGUCUGCCUGUGUCUAGCAGGGGCAGGUCUCGAUCCUUCUCAAAGAGCAUGACUCCCAAGAGGAAGCAGUCCAAGUCCCUUAAAAGGACAGGACGCAAGUCCCCUUCUCUGUCCCCCAGGAGAGGACGCAAGUCCCCUUCUCUGUCCCCCAGGAGAGGACGCAAGUCCCCUUCUCUGUCCCCCAGGAGAGGACGCAAGUCCCCUUCUCUGUCCCCCAGGAGAGGACGCAAGUCCCCCUCUCUGUCCCCCAGGAGAGGACGCAAGUCCCCCUCUCUGUCCCCCAGGAGAGGACGCAAGUCGUCUCCUCUGUCCCCCAGGAGGGGACGCAAACUGUCUCCAAGACGAGGGCGGCGGUCUGAGUCCAGGCCUCGUGGUCGUGUCAGGAGGUCGAGGACCAGAACCCCUCCCACUCGUCGUGGUAGACCCUCGAGGUCCCGCUCGCCUGUGAGGCUGACUCGCCGCUCACGUUCCAAAUCUAGACGGCUCCGUCAUUCCCGGUCCCUGAGAAGAGGCCGGCGCUCCAAAAGCAGCUCCCCGUCUCACAGGAAGAGGUCUCCCCCCAGGACACGACGGUCCCGGUCUCCGGUCAGGAAAGGCAAGCGUACUCGGUCCCGCUCUGUCGUGAUCCUGAAGAGGAACAGGAAAGGCUCACUGUCCAAAUCCCCAACAGGCAAGAACACCAAGUCCCGCUCCAGGAGCUGCAGGAAAUCCAGUUCACCAGUACAGAAAAUACUUUCUAGAUCACCAAAGCGGAGCAGGACAAAGUCCAGAUCCGCAAUACGCAGUAAACCAUCAAGAUCACCAUCCCCAUGUAACAGGUCCUGUACUCCUAAAUCCAAAUCGCUGAAAAGAAACAAGUGUUCACUGUCAAAAUCGCCCAAAAGAGACAUAUCGAAAUCUAGGUCUGUCGUAAGCGAUAGGCAAUCUGAGAGCGUAUCCCCAGAACGCUCAAGAUCCAGGUCUACUGACCUGAAGUCUCUGAAAUCAGUCAAACAUACUGCAGACAAGACUGUGAAUGACAAGCCUGCAGACAAGCCUGUUGGGGAGGCUGUAGCAACAGCUGCAACAGGGCCCUGGAAGCCCCUCCCUUGGGCUGCACCCUCCAGUUCUAUCAUACAGGGCAAGCCAGUGGCUGGGCAGGGUGACGAGAGCAUUUCUGAGAUUCCAUCUGAAGACCACGACUCCGCAGCAGAAGAGCCAAAGGGAGCAAGAAGCCCAACAAGCUCCUCUGAAGAAGAGCCAGAUGAGAAUGCUAUCUCCAGGUCUGUGUCACCAGAGACCGUUUGUGCUGAUCGUCGCUACAGGGCAUCAUCUUCUAAAUCCUCCAUCAAGAAGGCAUCAUCCUCGAAACAACGUCAGUCCUCAAAAUCAGCAUCACCUGCCAGAAAGUCCCACUCACCUGCCGGCAGAAAGACGUCCACCUCUCCCUCACGGAGGUGCUCCCGGUCUAAGUCUACCUCUCCCUCUCAGUCCAAGUCUACCUCCAGAAGGAGGCGUUCCAAGUCCCCAUCCAGGAAAAGGAAGUCUGUCUCCCCGCCUGCCAGACGGAAGAAGAGGUCCAAGUCCAGAAGUCCUGUCUGGCGCAGGAGAUCACGCUCUAAGUCACCGGCACGGCGCAGGAAGUCACAUUCCAAGUCCAGGACCAAGCACUCAAAGUCCCGCUCCCCGGCCAGAAGGAAGAGGUCCAAAUCCACAGACAGGCGCAAACGCCUCAAGUCUCGUUCUCCAGGCCGGAGGAGAAGGUCCGUGUCGCGACGGCGCCGGCCCAUCAUGCGAAAUCGCUCAUUUGACCGCCGCGACCGAUGGAAACGGGAACCAAGCCAUUCACCCAUCCUCAUCCUCCGCAAGCGCCGGUCCACAUCUCGAACCCGCCGCAGUGCCAGCAAGACCCCUCCUCGUCUCACUGAGCUGGACAAAGACCAGCUACUGGAGAUAGCGAAGGCCAAUGCAGCAGCCAUGUGUGCUAAAGCAGGUGUGCCCAUUCCAGAGAGUCUGAGACCCAAGGCCAUCCUCCAGCUUCCCCUGCCCAACCCAGCCCCAACCCCUCUGAAUCUGCCUCUUCCCCUGCCCUUGCCUCUCAACAUGCCCGGCAUGGGAAUGCCCAACAUGAACAUGCCCAACAUGAACAUGCCCAACAUGAACAUGCCCAACAUGAACAUGUCCAAUAUGGCCAUGAGUGCUGCCAUGGCCAGUAUGAAAGCUGCCACCAUGACUGCAGCCCUCACCAACAUGGCUCAGAUGUCAAACAUGCCCCAGAUGGCUCCCCUCCCCACCAUCACCAACAAGCCCCCUCCUAGCCAGGCUCCCCAAACAACCCUUCCCCCCCUCAACCUGGACCACAUAGAGGAGGUGAAGAGGAAGGUGACUCAGCAGGCCAACAUCUACAGCAUCAAGGAGCUCACUGAGAAAUGUAAGAUGAUAGCAGCAAGUAAAGAGGAGAUGGCCAUAGCGAAGCCGCAUGUGUCUGAUGACGAGGAUGAGGACAGGAAGCCCUGUGGCAAGAGCUUAAGUUAACUUUCUUUGGGGCGCAUCAGAGGUACUCCCCAUGGAUACCAUCACCAGGUGUCAAGGUUGUUGUGGUUAUAGAGCAGGAACCUCAUCAGAUACUGCCAGCCCUUGUUCUCUGGACAACCAUUCCCUCCCCAACCCCUCCCAUCAGUACUCUAGCUGUCUGGGGAAGUGUUUGAAACGUCAGUGAUCCUGUGUCCCAUUGGACAGACUGGCCUGAGUGUUCUUGUGUGUCAUUGGAUGGAUUGCAGUGUGUACAGUGUGGUUAUCCCUAGCUUCUACACGUUGCUCAGACAGAGCUCUUUGGACAAUGACUGAAGCAAAAUGAUAUAGGAACAUAUUUUCAAUGUUUUGUCAACCCUUUCUAAUGUUAAACUUCUGUUCCUUUUUUACUGUGUUCAGUAAUAAUAUUUCCACCUCAUGGUUCCUUUAGUGACAUUUUAACCUGUAAUUAAGUGAACUGCUCGGUCUGCCCUCAGCACGCACGGGCACACAAAUACACACAUCGGUAAUAUGAUGGUCAGGUGUGUCUUUAGUGACGGGCAGACGACCAGGUCUCUCCGUUGAGAAGACAAACUUAUCAGGUCUUUGUAGGAUCCACUCUAAAUGUUUUCACUUCUCUACAUAUUAACUGAUGUAAUCUUUAGCUAUUUUAAUAACAAAUGCAUUUUAGGAUUUCCUUGAUCAGUAGUAGAAUAUUAUUUGUCUGACUUUGUACAUAAUAUGUUGAUUAUUAAAGGAAACCAGAAAAUCA